AUGUCUAGGGCCAAAGAAAUCAAUGAGAAACUGAACCUACAAGCUUCCUUGCAAGCCCUAUUUAGUAGCAAUAAGGUGAAGGCCGCUGAAUGGGUACAAAAUAAAGCGAAUGACGAAUGCAACAGUGACUUGUCAUCGUCAAAAUCUUCCUUUUACGAACUUCCUGUCAUGGCGAUAGGAGCAGGUCUAAGUUUUGAUAAAAGUGCAACCGAAUCUGAACCCAUGGGGGUCGAUAUUGCAACAGUGGGGGAGUUUAUAGACAGCGACAAAAAAGUCUCAUCGUUAGCGAAAACGAAAAAACGCAGUCCUCCUUCAGGACGUCAUACGAAUAAUACCAGUGCGGUUCAUAGGAUCACUAAAGAUGAUACACGAGCAAUGAUAGCGCUAAAACGAAAGAUGAAGGGCUCGCAGCGUCAUGAAAUACGCACGAACUUGGAAAAUAAGGAAAGUGACCAAUUCAAGACCAAACAACACGAAAGCAACCAGCAGUUCUCCGACAGUGACAGCGAUGACGGUGGUCUCGUUGAGAAAGCCCAGAAGAAGUCUUUUGGUCUUUUAUUUCAAGGCAAACAGAAGAAGAACAAAAAACGGUAG